CGAUCUUUAUAAUAACCUUUCUGAAUGCGUCUUUUCUCUUUUUUUCUUUUUUUCAUUUUUGUGCAAAUCUAUACCAGCUAAAUAUGAACCACACAUUGAUGCCAACACCAUAUUAUGCAUUAGCAGUAAUGACAAUGAUGACUCGUUCGAUCAAAUUGAGCAAGUACAAGACAACUCCAAUAUCGACCAACAAGUGCCUGAACUCUAUCAAGAGCCAACUGUGAAACCUGUUUUCACUGUUUCUGACAAACCUCCGCGACGACCACGGAAACGAUCGCAACCCAAUGUCCCUAUUAAUGAAGUCGAGGUACGCUUUAUAUUUUUAUUUUGGAUAAACUCUUAUAGCCAGAGACUCAAUCUAUGGGAACGUUGUGGGUUAGUUAAUACCGGAGGAAUAUUAUUUAAAACGACACCGAAAACAUGAAAAAGAAGAGAAAAAGCAAAAGAACCGAGAAAAAGAGCGACUGCAGCAUGAAAUGUACCAGCAGCAACAGUUUGUCGAGCGCGUACGGCAUACCGACAAAUCUAUCAUUAUGGCCAUUGCCUCAGCCGUCAAGCAACAGCAAGAAGCAGAGAACACAGCAGCGUCAGCAGACGAUAACUCGGCAGAAGCAGAUGCUACCACUAGUAGUAGUAGUAGUACUACUACUAUUACUACUACAGAACCAACACCGUCCUCUUCAUUUAGUACGUUGCCCGAUGUGGAUGUGUUGUAUCGGCAAGUAUUACACGACGCGGAAGAGCAUUUACGGCGGUACGAAAUGCUUGGGUUGACACGCAAGUCGCGCAAAGAAGAGCAUAAAUCACCGCCUGUCGUGUCCGAAGUAUCUCCUCCCACUCCCGCUUCUCCACCUGCAUCACCGCCUGCACAAACUCAUCAACAACCAGCAACAUCAUCUACUACUACCAUUACUUCCACACCAGCAACAGCAUCUACCCCUACCCUUACUUCUGGUAUUACCACCACCACUACUACUAACAAUGGCACUGCAUCAUCUUCAACAAAGCAUACAUCACCAAUAGCAUCUUCAUCAUCAACAACAACAACAACAACAACAACAACUUUGGCAUCAGCAUCAGCAUCAAACAAGACAUCCAAGAAGAAAGCAUCCACAACAAUACCCCCAUCAUUCAAAUCAUUCUUCAAGUCUGCCACACUCAACGAGCCACCCAAAGGAUCACGCAGGAGUGCCCGUAACAUCCUUGCAUUUGGACACAGGAUACCGCCUAUGGGCGAGUGCGACUUCCAUCUGCCGAUGGACGAAUACGGUGAAAGAAUGGAAGAACGCGCAAAGGCCAAGUGGAAGAGACAUAAGAAGCAGUAGUGUUUUUUUUUCUCGUGUGAACUACAUUUGGGGGAGGGGGGGGGAUAGCAAAUAAAUGUAUUUUUUUUAUUAUGUGUGUAUGUAUUUUU